CCACUGGAUACAGAGCAGCGAGCACUGACGGCUUCCCUCCUUCCUUAAACCUGUCGGGUUGUGGGCUCUCUCUUUCCCCCUCGCGCCCCUUUCCUUUCUUUUUUUCACCUUCUUUUUUUUUUGAAACCUUCUGAGGCAAGUUCAUGGAUACUAAGCUGAUGUGUUUGUUGUUCUUUUUCUCCCUGCCUCCGCUCCUAGUGAGUAACCACACUGGCCGCAUCAAGGUGGUCUUUACUCCGAGCAUCUGUAAAGUGACCUGCACCAAGGGCAGCUGUCAGAACAGCUGUGAGAAGGGGAACACCACCACUCUCAUUAGUGAGAAUGGUCAUGCUGCCGACACCCUGACGGCCACGAACUUCCGAGUGGUAAUUUGCCAUCUUCCAUGUAUGAAUGGUGGCCAGUGCAGCUCAAGGGACAAAUGCCAGUGCCCUCCAAACUUCACGGGGAAGCUUUGCCAGAUUCCAGUCCAUGGUGCCAGCGUUCCUAAACUUUAUCAGCAUUCCCAGCAGUCAGGCAAGGCGCUGGGAACGCAUGUCGUCCACUCUACACAUACCUUGCCUCUGACGAUGACGAGUCAGCAAGGAGUCAAAGUGAAAUUUCCUCCCAACAUAGUCAAUAUCCACGUGAAGCACCCCCCAGAGGCCUCAGUCCAGAUACAUCAGGUUUCAAGAAUCGAUGGUCCAACUGGCCAGAAGGUAAAAGAAGCCCAACCAGGCCAAUCCCAGAUCUCUUACCAAGGGCUUCCCGUCCAGAAGACCCAGACCGUCCACUCCACGUACUCCCACCAGCAAGUCAUUCCUCACAUCUAUCCUGUGGCUGCGAAGACCCAGCUUGGCCGCUGCUUCCAGGAAACCGUCGGGUCCCAGUGUGGCAAAGCGCUCCCUGGCCUCUCCAAGCAGGAGGACUGCUGUGGAACCGUGGGGACCUCCUGGGGCUUUCACAAAUGCCAGAAAUGCCCCAAGAAGCCAUCUUAUCAUGGAUAUAACCAAAUGAUGGAAUGUCUACAAGGCUAUAAGAGGGUUAACAACACCUUUUGUCAAGAUAUUAAUGAAUGCCAGCUACAGGGUGUGUGCCCUAAUGGUGAGUGUUUGAAUACCAUGGGCAGCUAUAGAUGUACCUGCAAAAUGGGAUUUGGGCCGGAUCCUACUUUUACAACUUGUGUUCCGGAUACCCCUGUGAUCUCGGAAGAGAAGGGGCCCUGUUACCGACUUGUCAGUUCCGGAAGGCAGUGCAUGCACCCUCUGUCUGUUCACCUCACCAAGCAGCUCUGCUGUUGUAGCGUGGGCAAGGCCUGGGGCCCCCACUGUGAGAAAUGUCCCCUUCCAGGCACAGCUGCUUUUAAGGAAAUCUGUCCUGGUGGAAUGGGUUAUACGGUUUCUGGCGUUCAUAGACGCAGGCCAAUCCAUCACCAUGUAGGUAAAGGACCUGUAUUUGUCAAGCCAAAGAACACUCAACCUGUUGCUAAAAGUACUCAUCCUCCACCUCUCCCAGCCAAGGAAGAGCCAGUGGAGGCCCUGACUUUCUCCCGGGAACACGGGCCAGGAGUGGCGGAGCCCGAAGUGGCAACUGCACCCCCUGAGAAGGAAAUACCUUCAUUGGAUCAAGAGAAAACCAAACUUGAGCCUGGUCAACCCCAGCUCUCUCCAGGCAUUUCCACUAUUCAUCUGCAUCCACAGUUCCCAGUAGUGAUUGAAAAAACAUCACCUCCUGUGCCUGUGGAAGUGGCCCCUGAAGCUUCUACCUCAAGUGCCAGCCAAGUAAUUGCACCUACUCAAGUAACAGAAAUCAAUGAGUGUUCCGUGAACCCUGACAUCUGUGGAGCAGGACACUGCGUUAACCUGCCGGUGAGGUACACCUGCAUCUGCUAUGAAGGCUAUAAGUUCAGUGAGCAGCAGAGGAAGUGCACUGAUAUUGACGAGUGCACGCAGGCCCCACACCUCUGCUCCCAGGGACGCUGUGAGAACACUGAGGGAAGUUUCUUGUGUAUUUGCCCAGCAGGAUUUAUGGCCAGUGAGGAGGGUACUAGCUGCAUAGAUGUUGAUGAGUGCCUGCGGCCGGAUGUGUGUGGGGAAGGCCACUGCAUCAACACCGUGGGGGCCUUCCGGUGCAAGUACUGUGACAGCGGGUACCGCAUGACCCCCGGAGGACACUGCGAGGAUAUUGAUGAGUGUUUGAGUCCAAGUACUUGUCCAGAUGAGCAGUGCGUGAAUUCUCCUGGAUCUUACCAGUGUGUUCCCUGCACGGAAGGGUUCCGAGGCUGGAAUGGGCAGUGUCUUGAUGUGGAUGAGUGCCUGGACCCGAAGGUCUGCACUAAUGGGACCUGCUCCAACCUUGAAGGCUCCUACAUGUGUUCCUGUCACAAGGGCUACACCCCGACCCCAGACCACAAGCACUGCAAAGAUAUUGAUGAAUGUCAGCAAGGGAAUCUCUGCAUGAAUGGGCAGUGCAAAAACACCGAGGGCUCCUUCAGGUGUACCUGUGGGCAGGGCUACCAGCUGUCAGCAGCGAAAGACCAGUGUGAAGAUAUCGACGAAUGCCAGCACCGCCAUCUCUGCACCAACGGGCAGUGCAGGAACACGGAGGGCUCCUUCCGCUGCGUGUGUGACCAGGGCUACAGAGCGUCCGCCCUGGGGGACCACUGUGAAGAUAUCAACGAAUGCUUGGAAGACAAUAGCGUUUGCCAGGGAGGAGACUGCAUUAACACCAAAGGGUCCUACGAUUGUACUUGUCCAGAUGGCUUCCAGCUAAAUGACAAUAAAGGAUGCCAAGACAUUAAUGAGUGUGAGCAGCCUGGACUCUGUGGCCCCCGUGGAGAGUGUCUGAACACAGAUGGCUCUUUCCACUGUGUCUGCGAACAGGGCUUCACAAUCUCUGCGGAUGGCCGUACGUGUGAAGAUAUUGAUGAGUGUGUAAACAACACUGUCUGUGACAGGCACGGGUUUUGUGACAAUACGGCCGGCUCCUUCCGCUGCCUCUGUUAUCAGGGCUUUCAGGCCCCGCAGGAUGGGCAAGGGUGUGUGGAUGUGAACGAGUGUGAACUGCUCAGUGGCGUGUGUGGCGAAGCCUUUUGUGAAAACGUGGAAGGCUCCUUCCUGUGUGUGUGCGCGGACGAAACCCAGGAGUACAGCCCCAUGACCGGGCAGUGCCGCUCCCGGGCCCCCGGGGACGUGGAAGUAGAGCAAAGCAGGGAAGAGAAGAAAGAAUGCUACUACAAUCUCAACGACGCCAGUCUCUGCGACAAUGUGCUGGCCCCCAACGUCACCAAGCAAGAGUGCUGCUGCACCUCCGGGGCAGGGUGGGGCGACAACUGUGAGAUCUUCCCCUGCCCGGUCUUGGGGACUGCCGAAUUCACUGAAAUGUGUCCUAGAGGGAAAGGUUUUGUCCCCACUGGAGAAUCCUCUUAUGAAGUUGGUGACAAGGACUAUAAAGAUGCGGAUGAAUGCCUGCUUUUUGGACAAGAAAUCUGCAAAAAUGGCUUCUGCUUGAACACUCAACCUGGGUAUGAAUGCUACUGUAAGCAAGGGACAUACUACGAUCCUGUCAAAUUGCAGUGCUUUGAUAUGGAUGAGUGUCAAGACCCCAACAGUUGCAUCGAUGGCCAGUGCAUUAACACAGAAGGCUCUUAUAACUGCUUCUGUACACAUCCAAUGGUCCUGGAUGCUUCAGAAAAGAGAUGUGUACGACCAUCUGAAUCACACGAACAAAUUGAAGAAACCGAUGUCUACCAAGACCUGUGCUGGGAGCAUCUGAGCGACGACUAUGUGUGCAGCCGGCCCCUCGUUGGCAAGCAGACGACGUACACGGAGUGCUGCUGCCUGUACGGCGAGGCCUGGGGUAUGCAGUGUGCCCUCUGCCCCAUGAAGGACUCAGAUGACUAUGCCCAGCUGUGUAACAUCCCUGUCACAGGACGCCGGCAGCCGUACGGCCGGGACGCCUUGGUGGACUUCAGUGAACAGUAUGCUCCGGAAGCCGAUCCCUACUUCAUUCAGGACCGUUUUUUAAACAGCUUUGAGGAGCUUCAGGCUGAGGAGUGCGGCAUCCUCAAUGGCUGUGAAAACGGCCGCUGUGUGAGGGUGCAGGAAGGGUACACCUGCGAUUGCUUUGAUGGGUAUCACCUGGACAUGGCCAAGAUGACCUGUGUCGACGUGAACGAGUGCGACGAGUUGAACAGCCGGAUGUCUCUCUGCAAGAACGCCAAGUGCAUCAACACGGAAGGCUCCUACAAGUGCUUGUGUCUGCCCGGCUACGUGCCUUCUGACAAGCCCAACUACUGCACCCCGUUGAACACCGCCUUGAAUCUAGACAAGGACAGUGACCUGGAGUAAAAGAAAAUCUACAUAACCUAAGCCCGUAUACUCUGCACUGUGUAAAGGAAAAGAGAGAAAUGUAUUAUACUUGAGACAUUGCACCUCACCCAGAGUGUUGGAAACACAGGAGCAACGUGGUGUCAUGUAUCCUCAGAAGACAAUGAAAGGAUUUGGUGUGAGUCUGACCGGUGCAACAGACCAAAUGGACAUUUCUCUGAAAAACCAGUAUAUAUAGUCUGUUCAUAUGUAAAAUUCAGUGGAAAAAAGAGGCGGAGCAGUGCUGUUAUUUUAAACAGAAGGUUGUAUUAUUAUGUUGUCUUGUGUGUUUUUUUUGUGUUUUUUGGUUUUUUGUUUUUUGUUUUACUAUUGCUUGAUUAAAUUUGGCAUUUACAUAGCGGUGGAAAUAUUUUAUAUAAUUUUCAUUUUUUUGGUUGUGCAGUUCCUUGGCUACUAUUUUUCUUUUCCUUCAGAUUUUUUUUUUUAAAUCUCAAGUGCACAAGUUGUUGGUGAGAUAUUGUGAAACUGUUUUGUAAGUAUUGUGACACAGGGUCACGUGAUUCCUAGUUGGGAGCAUUUUAAAAUUCAGCUUGUCUGUCCUGUGGAGCAGGCAGUGAUUUUGUUUCCACACUUUUAUACACGUUUGGAGAAAAGUACUUUCUAUUUACGAUGUAUUGUCUGAUUCUAAUGUCCAUUCUUAGCCAAGCUGCUAGUAGGUGUCAGGUGGAUCCCUCUUGUACAUUGAAAUGGAAGAACCAAUGAACUCACAUAGAAUUGUAAUGUGUGAAGUAUGCCCAGCGAAAUUUUUUGAAAACUUGAUGAUCCCAGCAUAUUUACCAUUGUAUGUUAAAGCAAAAUAAAUCACCAUUUUUUUUA